CUAGAGUACACUAUAGCUUCCAGUAACCAGCCCGUUCUGCACGUACUGUAUGGUCUGUGCUAAACCACUGGCUAAACUGUGCGCAGCGUGGUCUUGCUGUUUAGUCUAGAACGUCAUUACCGGAAUAGUGCGACCCGCAUUUUGAGUAUUUGCUCGCCGUAGACUACGGUCAGGUAUUUCCUUCGCUGGAUACCACAUUCGGUGCUACCUCGCAAAACCAGGCAGAGCCAUGGCUAUGUACAAGGGAGCUGCCAGCGAGGCUGGCCGUGCGAUGCAUCUCAAAAAGAAGCGCGAGAAAGCGUUGGAAGAAUUGGAACUGCGAAAGAAAAGGAUUGAAGAAGAGUUGAAGCUGUCCACAAUGGAGAACAAGUUCGCUGCACAUUAUGAUGCUGUGGAGCAGCAGCUUAAAUCGAGCACAAUUGGGCUUGUCACCCUUGAUGAAAUGAAGGCUAAGCAAGAAGAUGUAGUGAAAGAACGAGAACGUCAACUAGCACAGCGGCAACAAGAACGCGAGCUUCAGCGACAGCGCGAAAUUCAGAAAAAACGAGAACAGCAAGAGAGGCAAAGAAGACAGAUUGCAGCACUAUCAUUCAAGCUAGAUGAGGAGGAGGAGGAAGAGGAGGAUGAAAAAGAAGAGCAGGGGGAAGAGGAAGACAACAACAAUAAUGACGAAGAAGAGAAGGAAGAUUCACUGGAAGCAAAGGAGCAAAAUGAACAGGAUGAAGAAAAAGAUGAACUUGACUACGAACCACCAUCAAAACGAAAGUUGGGAAAGAACCCCGAUGUGGACACCAGCUUCCUUCCAGACAGGGAACGCGAAGAAGAAGAGAAACGCAUCAGGGAAGAUCUUCGCAUGGAGUGGGUGCAGAAGCAGCAACAACUCAAGAACGAAGACAUUGAGAUCACCUUCAGUUACUGGGAUGGCUCAGGGCAUCGAAAAGUGGUGCGCAUGAAGAAAGGGAACAGCAUCUAUCAGUUCUUGCAGAAAUGCAUGGAGCUCCUUCGAAAAGACUUCUAUGAGUUGCGGGCAGUUACGGCAGACCAGCUGAUGUAUGUCAAGGAGGACUUGAUCAUCCCACACCACUACACAUUCUACGACUUCAUUGUCACAAAGGCUCGUGGCAAGAGUGGCCCGCUGUUCGCCUACGACGCGAGGGAAGACGUGCGGCUGACCAACGAUGCCUCAAUUGAGAAGGAAGAGUCGCACGCAGGCAAAGUUCUGCUGCGCUCGUGGUACGAGAGGAACAAGCACAUCUUUCCAGCGUCCCGAUGGGAACCUUACGACCCCGCCCGCUCGUAUGAGCGCUACACAGUGUCCGACAAGAAAAAGUAGCCCAGCGCCACCAACCAAUCUUACGCUUUAUGAAAAGCUGAUCCCUUGUGGAACUGCUCACAGGCGGCAGCCUGAGUGGGGUCCUGAAAAGUGCGUUCAGUGGCAUGCAUGUUUAGGUGCUGGCUGUUGCAGGGUAUUAGCAUGUUUGUGUGCAAGCGACACAGAUACAUGGUAAACUUUGCGGUGCCGUUGAUGGCAUGUCAGCAGGGCUGUGAACUAUAGCGUGGCAGCGAUUACACUUUGUUCCUUAAGACAUGUAAGAGCGCUUCAUGCAUUACCACUUUACUGGGCUCUUUACACCCUCCAGUGAACAGUUUUGCUUAGUUGUAGUUGUGCCUUCUGUCAACUGUGUUUGGAGAAAUUGCAAAUCAUGAGGGAUUGUUGUUAAUGGAUUGCUUCUAAGCUCUCUACACAUGUGCUGAAAUCAUUGUAGUUCCGUAAAUUAAGGAAGGUGGAGGUAGACCCACACUGUCGGGGGAACAUGCUGCAUUGAAUUUUACUUUUCUGUGUUGUACCAUGCACAGUUUGUAUGAUAACAUUUAUCAUUGCUGUGGCAGUGUUAUAAAAUCGCACUACUGUAAAUAAAAAGGCAUCGUCACUUUUGUCA